AUCGCCUAUACGUGACGUGAAUUAUAGGAUUGUUUGGUACUGACAAAUAAUUUUGGAACACAGUCGAAAAGAAAAAAUCUGUCUUUUUGAGACUGUAUCAGCUGUUUUUAUGUGACAAUCGGAAGAUAACAAGUUGAUGUGAACUGGUAUAGCUACAAUGGUUACUGUACAAAAUAUUGGCGUACAACUCACGAGACCGAUAAAAGAAUUAGCAGAGUGGAAUUUUCCCUUUUCACAAACUCUGGAGAGGUAUUGCUCAUUGUUCAAUACAACACACAAUCACAGCUUCGGAGAAGCCGGGCUUGUUUUACAGAACUCUACUGCCGUGUACGCGCACAGAGUCGAUUCUCUGCGGCAUAAAAUCGAAUAUUUCAGAAGUAUAUUCGAGAAUUAUGAACACGAAGAAGAGACGCAGUGUUCGUCUAAGAAAAAGGAAAGAAAAGUCAACACGUGUUUUCAAGAAUUUAAAAAUAUCAACUUUUCAAAUGAGAUGGAAAAGAAUAUCGAUAUAAGGACUAUUGAUAUUAAGAAGAAUCACAUGAUGCAAAAUACAGUUAAAUCAAAGUGCUAUCGCUUCACUCAGUUAGAAAAAAGUAGCAUGCAGAAUGUUUCCAUUGAUAUGUACGAUGUGAAUGGAGAAGUCAUUGGUAAAAAAUAUGACUUUCGAUGUAAUCAGAACAUAAGUAUGGAUGGUAUAUUGAUCGACGAGUUCGCUCCUCAAGAUUUUUGUACAGAUGAUGACGUUGCUUUCAAUAAAUUCUCGUUGCUCAGAUCGUCAAAUUCACACGACACAGAAUCCUUGGAAUCCUCAUGGAAUACGUCAACAACCGAUUCUAAUGUACAAGAGAAUGAAAGUGCUCGUGAAACUUUUGACCAAACCGAACAAAUGAAUAAUGACGGUUCUUUAGAAGAAGAAGUUACCGAAAAUACAUCUCUUUCAUCGAAUCAACAAACCUCGUCCUUAUCCGAAAAAAGCGACAGAACGGUCGUCGAAACGCCAAUUACACCAAGCGAUUGCCAAGAAACAACUUUUGUCAGUAGCAUGAACUUGUCUCGCGAUACGAGUUCGCCAAUACCAAAUAUCGACAGCAGCACCUCGAAUAACAACGAUUCGGACGCCAGAUAUUCGGAUGAUCUUGGCAGUCCGUUAGAUAGUCCGUUAGAUAGACGUCAAUCGAUAGAUUCAAAAGAGAAGCGGACUUUACCGGCGGACGAAUCGGAAAAGUUACUUACCAGCUCUGUACUAACUACACCUCGUAGUAAUGAUACGAAAAACAAACUGCGACUGCGAAAUUCCACUUCAAGAUCGUCUAAGAGAAAACUAAGCGAGAAAGAACUAAGGAGACUAAGAACUCCUAGAAAAAAACGUAGUAGCGCGAUAAAAAUGACGCCCAAGCGAUUAUUGGAGGAAUCAUGUUCCUCGCCAAAAAGAAGAUUAAACAUGCUCGAGAAAAGUUUGAGCGCUUGCGUAAAAAGUAUACAGGAGUAUUAUGCUCAGCAAUACGAAGACGUAACGAACGAGACGACAGAUCUCUUGGGAUUUCGAUUACGCGAAGAUAUCGAUGAUGAUGCCGCGAAUAUCGACGGCAACGUUAUGACGAUAUCGAACGACGACGAAAUGUCAGAAAUUCACGUUGCGAGUCCUGUUCAAAUGUCGCCUUCGCACAGAAGUCCUUCUUCUGAUAUUUGGCUUCCAACGGACUAUUUAGUAUCGGAAAGUGUCGACAAGUGGCACGAGUCGAUACAGCCUAAACUGCACGAGGCCGAGCGAAGAUCGACGUUUUGCAUUCGCGAUUACGCGUCGCGAAUUAUGAACGUUUUAAAGGCGGACGGUCAGCAAAAAAUCAAUUUUGAUAGUGUCGUACAGAAGGAAAGCAGUUACGAAGUGGCCAGAUAUUUUUUGGCAUCGUUGGAUUUGGCUUCGAGACAGAAUGUGGAUAUAAUCAAAGACACCAAUCUCGAGCACAAUAUAGAAAUUGUUUUUCGUGGAGAAAAUAAAGAGUGUCUUGCCGACGAUCAAACGACGACUUCGCACGAUCAAACGUUUCGGCAAAUUCAUUAGGUGCAAGGAAGAAAACUCUAGUACAAAAUAUGUAAUAUAUUAUAUUAAGGAAAUUAAUAUAAAUAUAUUGUACUGUGAUAUUACACACAAACAUAC